AUGAGAAUUUUAAAAAGUCAUCCUUUAUUAAGAAUGGUAAAUUCUUAUAUAAUAGAUUCUCCUCAACCUUCAAAUAUUAGUUAUUGGUGA